AUUGUAAUUAUUUUUAUAUAAAUUACGAAUUUAGUACACUUUUGUGUAUAUAUACAUUUUGAUUUGACGGACGUGUUUAAUUUUUCGUCUGGAUCCGACCCAAAUGGAGCGUAUUCGGCAAUAGCCCGGAUUGGUUGCUCCGUUCAUCUUUCCGGCGAAAAGCGAUGAUAAUCCGGCGACGAAGGAGCUUCGAAUUAAGCCUCGGCGGCAAUGGAAUCUCCCGUCGAUUCUUCUUCUUCUUUUUUAGUUCGUUUUAAUUUCUGCAGCGCCGCAUCACCUGGUCUCGCCCCUUCCGAGGUAAUUGAUUCAGGAAUUUCAACUUAUUAGGGUUCUUGCGUUUCUUCUUUUCAUCUGAGGCUUCGAUUUGUAAUCUGAAUCUCCAUUAAAUUGCGGCAUUUCGUUUCUUUGUGCUUCUGUAUAUCUACUUCUUGAUUUUACUUGUUCUUGCUGCUAGACUUGAUGGAAUUCAAGUUUAUAUAAGAACGUAUUGUGGAUUUGAAACUUAGAACUUAGGGAUUUCGGAGUAUGGAAAUUAAAAAUUGAGAAAUUCUUCAGCUGUAUAAGCAUGAACUAUGAACAGAUAUCAAAACUUCAAGCUCCUUGAUCUAAAAUAGUAGAUCAAUAGCUGAGAUCUGUAUCACAAUGUAAAUUAUUUCUGCUUCUUCAAGAACUUGAUAGCUACAGAGCCUCAUCCUUGUGUACUCUCAGGGGCCUAUUCAAUCUUUUACAUUUUCCUCAUGGAUAUAGACCUUGAGCUGCCUUCCAGUGAUCAAGAAAGGUUAGGCAUCAUUGAUAGUAAAAAUGAUGGCAUGGAUUUGGAUCAGACACAUGGUGAGGGAAGGGCUGCAAAUUCUCCUACAAGGGCUGAGCUAAGUCAGGGAGUGUCAAUUCCAAAUACCGAAACUAGUAGUGUUCGGGAUCAGAUGGAUAUCGUUAAUGUGGGAAUAAAUCAUAUCAUGGGGCCAGCAUUUGAACCGAAAAUCGGCUUGGAGUUCGAGUCGAAGGAAGAAGCAUAUUCAUUUUAUAGAGAAUAUGCUAGAUUUGUUGGAUUUGGCAUCACAAUAAAAGCAAGCAGACGCUCUAAAAGAUCUGGAAAGUUCAUAGACAUUAAGAUUGCUUGCUCUCGAUUUGGAAGCAAGCGAGAGUCGACUACAACCGUCAAGCCUAGACCGUGUAUGAAGACGGGCUGUGAUGCUAGCAUACACAUCAAGAAAAGGGAAGAUGGAAAAUGGUUUGUUCAUGCUUUUAUAAGAGAGCAUAACCAUGAGAUUUGUCCUGAUGAUUUCCUUUAUGCUUUAAAGGGAAAGAACAAAAACCCGGAUAUCGUUGCUUCUGAGAAGAACGGUUUGCAGUUGGCUCUAGACGAGGGAGACGUCCAUUUGAUGCUCGAGCAUUUUAUGCAUAUGCAAGAAAUGAAUCCCAAUUUCUUCUAUGCUGUAGAUUUCAACCAAGAAAAGCAGCUGAGAAGUGUCUUGUGGGUGGAUGCAAAAGCAAGGCAUGAUUACAAGAACUUUAGUGAUGUGAUCUUAUUUGAUACUCAUUACAUAAGCAGUGGAUAUCAAAUUCCUUUUGUUCCUAUUGUUGGAGUCAAUCAUCAUUUUCAGUAUGUCCUGUUUGGAGGUGCACUGAUUGGUGAUAUGGCUACUUCAAGUUUUAUUUGGUUAAUGAAGACGUGGCUCAAAGCGGUGGGCGGUCCUGCUCCAAGCGUGGUCUUGACCGAUCGAGAAUCGUUCUUGAAAGAAGCUGUUGCAGAUGUAUUUCCCAAGGCAAUGCAUUUGUUCUCUUUGUGGCACAUACUAACACGAGUUCGUGAAAAACUAGGAAAGAUUAUAGAUCAGAACAGAAAUUUUAUGGAAAGCUUUGAUAAAUGCAUUUAUGGAUCUUGGAGGGAUGAAGAAUUUGAAAAGAAAUGGUGGGAAAUGGUUGAGAAAUUUGAAGUAAGGGAGAAUGAAUGGCUUCAGUUACUGUUUGAUGAUCAUAAGAAAUGGGUGCCAUCAUAUGUGAAGAACUAUUUUUUGGCUGGAAUGUGUACGAGUGAACGAUCGGGGAGCGUGGCUUCGUUUUUUGACAAUUAUAUAAGUAAAGAAACUACGUUCAAGGAGUUUGUUGAACGAUCUGAGAUUUUCUCCAAAGAUAUGCUCGAGUUGGAAGCUGAUGCUGAUUUUGAAACUCGGCACCAAGAACCUGCCUUGAAAUCUCUCUCUCCUUUCGAGCAACAAACGGCGACCAUCUACGUGACGACGAUAUUUAAGAAAUUCCAGUUGGAGGUAGUGGGUGCAGCUUCAUGUCGAGUGCACGAACAAACCGAAGAUGGAGCUAUUGUAACAUACCAAGUUGAUGAUCUGGAAGAGCAGCAGAAGUUCCUGGUAGCUUGGAAUAAAGCAGAAUUGGAUAUACGUUGUCGAUGCCGUUCUUUCGAGCAUAGAGGCAUCCUUUGCAGACAUGCUAUCCUUGUUCUUCAGGUUUCUGGUGUAACGAGCAUCCCACAGAAAUAUGUUUUGAAACGUUGGACGAUAAGUGCAAAGGUCAGGCUAAGUGAAUCAUCAAAUCGACUUCAUUACCGAGUGGCACGUUUCAACCACCUUUGCAAACAAGCCAUUCGACUAAGUGAAGUCGGGUCUUUAUCUCGAGAAACGUAUGAUAUUGCAUUUGACGCAUUAGAGGACGUAUUGAAACAGUGUGUUUUUGUGAACAAUUCUAACAAGAGCUUUGCAGAAACAAAUAUGGUUUCUGUUGGUUUUGUUGACGUCGAAGAAGAUGAUUGUGGCGAAGAUAUGGCCAAGUCGUCUCGUAAAAAGAAAACGAUAAAAAAAGGCAAGAUCACCAAGCAGGCACGGUACAAAACGUCGGAGGCGGAAGUCGAUUCGAGAGCGGCUGCACUCGAUGGCUGCACAAAUUCACAAAUUCGUCUCAAAGCUAUGCAGAGUUUGGAUCAAUCUCCUUCGGUUGUAGCUCGUGUCGGUCCAUGUGACGAUAGACAAACAAUACAGUCCCUAGGACAGCUUAACCCGAGGGAACCGGGUGCGCUAGGGCGGUUUGACAUUGAAAAUAAUCUGCAAGAUAUGCUCGACGAUGCCUAGCCCCAGACUCGCAUAAACGACACGUCAGUUCAUGUUCGAGAUAGAUGCCUAUCGGGUUAGCUAAAACAAGAACAGGACAACCUUUGCAUACAUAAAACCAAUUUUCAGCUGGAAAUUUUUGUUGGCAAAGCAUUUUCCUUGUCACAAAGCUGCAAUUAAUAAAAUGAGGAUUCAACACUUGAUGGUCUUGAUAUUCUCUUACAUCCCCUAACGACAUGGUCACGGAUCGCUCUCAUUCGCAUAUGGUCUCGGUUCAUUCGUGUAUCUUAGGAGGUCACUCAACAUAAAAUUGCUCCACGAAGUUCGUAUGAUUGAGCCAUCGAAAAUGAAAGGGUACCUUGUUAGUAUAUAUAUGUAUGUCUUUCAAUUUUUUUUUAGCUUUUCUUAGCUGUCAUAUUCUCAUAAUCGCUCUCAUCCAUGUUAUCCAUGGUCAUAUGCUCGUUUCAAACUUCUUUUACUUCCUUUCAUAUUAGUUAGGCAUUUACUAUUCUUGUUGGUGUAUGACCGUUCACCAAAAUCAUGUCGACACUCGUCAGGGCUAAAAUGUCUUAGAAUGUACUAUAGGGGAUGUGACUAGCUGUCAAUUAUUCUUAUCUGGGUUAUAUGUUAUCAAAGCUACAGUUACUCAUUCAUUUUUAGCCUA